CAGUGGACACAUAACACUUCCACCGGGGGACUCGGUCAUACGGAGCGGCACACCGUGUUGUUUAACUGCCUACUCGGCAGGGGGGUGACCCUGGCGGAAAUAAACCGAGUUGAACCAGCGGAUGGGGUUCUGUGGGGACAGCCAACUGUACCCGAAAAUCCAUUUUGUUAAAGAAACCGACGGUUUAUAAAGCGACAAAAAAAAUUCCCUCAGCGAGCGGACGGCAGGCUCGCCACUACAUCCAGGGAGUAAGUGAGGCGCUAUUCACCUCCUUACGGUGGGAGGGGGACACGGCAGCAGUCCCCGGGACCUGCGUUUCCCCUUUUUGUAAAGUAGUCCGCGGAGGGAUACCGGCUAGGCCUUGCUCUGACACUAUGAAGUAGUUCGGUGUUAGCGGAAAGAUCCAGAGAGAUAAAAUAGUGCGCGGAGGGAUCUGGGCCUCGCGUCCUCAGCUGAUCGGUGAGAAGCAGGAGCCGGAGAGCAGCGGAGACGCCUGGGGGAGUGCGGCGGAGACAGAGUGAAUGGUAGUGUCUAGAAAGGGUAUGUCCCUUCAGGAGAGAGGUGCCAAUGUCCAGCCGGCCUAAUAACAAUCCAGGGGGGUCACUGCGACGUUCACAGAGGAACACUGCUGGGGCCCAGCCGCAAGAGGACACUGCAGGAGGAAGCAACAGGUCCCAGUUAGAGCAGGCAGAACCUAAGACCCUUAGCCUUCCUGAAAGCAGAAAGUCACUUUCUAAGACCCCCAAAGUGCAGUCUAAUACAGCUUCUGCCCAGUCCAGGGGAUUCAGCUCUAAAAGGGGCUGUAGUUCAUCUUCUAUUUUAAUACCACAACCUGAGGAUCCAGAACAGAGUGUAACAUCCGAAAGUCAAAAGCCUAAGAAAGACCCCUCCCGUGGAGUUAAACGUAGUGCUAGCCCUGAUUACAGCCGGACCCACUCCCCAAACUCUGCUAAGAAACCCAAAGCACUUCAGCACGCUGAGCCCUCUGUUGGGACGAGGCGACCAAAUAAUAAACCUAAGAAGAGACAGAUUGACCAGGAGCAUUCAGCUCCACCCACAUCAUUGCCAUCAACAAGCAAAGCACACAGCAGGAAGGGUGGAGUCCCCGGCACCUCCCCGCUGCAGAAAAGGAGAAGGACAGAUAACUCCUCUUGUGUGAAGAGCAGCAGUGCAGCCGCAGCAGCGACUGGUGCAGAAGACAGGCCUCCAAAACCCACCAAGCUGGCUUCAAAAUCAGCCACCUCAGCCAAAGCUGGGUGUAGCACCAUUACAGAUUCGUCCUCUUCUGCCUCCACCUCUUCUUCCUCCUCUUCAGCUGUCGCCUCUGUCUCCUCUGCUGCACCUCCAGGAGCUAGAGGGAAACAAGGCAAGGACCAGAACAAGGCUAGGCGCUCCCGUUCUGCCUCAAGCCCCAGCCCUCGGAGGAGCAGCCGGGAAAAAGAACAGGCCAAAGCUAGCAGUUCCUCUAAGUUUGAUUGGGCAGCUCGUUUUAGCCCAAAAGUCAGCCUUCCCAAAACAAAACUUUCCCUACCGGGUUCUUCCAAGGCUGAGACCUCAAAACCUGGACCCUCAGGAUUACAGGCAAAACUAGCAAACUUGAGAAAAUCCACAAAGAAGCGCAGUGAGUCGCCACCUGCUGAGCUCCCCAGCCUGCGGCGGAGCACACGACAAAAGACCACGGGCUCCUGUGCUAGCACCAGUCGGCGAGGCUCUGGCCUGGGCAAGCGAGCAGCAGCUGAAGCUCGCCGACAGGAGAAGAUGGCUGAUCCUGAUAACCAGGAGGGAGCCAAUUCUUCGGCUGCACGCACUGAUGAGACUGCCCAGGGAGCAGCAGGAGCUACAGGCGAAAGAUCUUCAUCUCUUCUCUCCCCUCCAGCCUCUAGCUCUGUAGCUGGUGCUGUGGGGAUGACAACAUCUGGCGAAAGUGAGAGUGAUGACUCUGAAAUGGGACGGCUGCAAGCUCUCCUGGAAGCCCGGGGCCUUCCUCCUCACCUAUUUGGACCCCUUGGACCUCGCAUGUCCCAGCUUUUCCAUCGGACUAUUGGAAGUGGAGCGAGCUCCAAGGCCCAGCAGCUGCUGCAGGGUCUUCAGGCCACAGACGAGAGUCAGCAACUCCAAGCUGUCAUUGAGAUGUGCCAACUGCUGGUAAUGGGAAAUGAAGAGACACUUGGAGGAUUCCCAGUGAAGAAUGUUGUUCCUGCACUGAUAACUUUGCUGCAGAUGGAGCACAACUUUGACAUUAUGAACCAUGCAUGUCGAGCUUUAACCUAUAUGAUGGAGGCACUUCCACGUUCCUCAGCUGUGGUGGUUGAUGCUAUCCCUGUGUUCCUAGAGAAACUGCAGGUCAUUCAGUGCAUAGAUGUAGCGGAACAGGCUCUCACUGCUCUUGAAAUGUUAUCCCGCAGGCACAGUAAAGCCAUUCUCCAGGCUGGAGGACUUGCCGACUGCCUCUUAUAUCUAGAGUUCUUCAGCAUCAAUGCUCAGAGGAACGCUUUAGCCAUAGCAGCCAACUGCUGCCAGAGCAUCAGUCCAGACGAGUUUCACUUUGUUGCUGAUUCUCUUCCACUGCUGACACAGAGAUUAACCCAUCAGGAUAAGAAAUCCGUGGAAAGCACUUGCCUCUGUUUUGCACGUCUAGUAGAUAAUUUCCAGCAUGAAGAGAACCUUCUCCAGCAAGUGGCUUCUAGAGACCUUCUUACCAACAUCCAACAACUUCUGGUAGUGACUCCUCCAAUCUUGAGCUCGGGCAUGUUCAUCAUGGUGGUCCGAAUGUUCUCCUUGAUGUGUUCCAACUGCCCCACGCUGGCCGUGCAGCUCAUGAAACAAAACAUAGCAGAAACUCUUCACUUCCUCUUGUGUGGGGCUUCAAAUGGUAGUUGCCUGGAGCAAAUUGACCUGGUCCCACGGAGUCCCCAGGAGCUGUAUGAACUGACCUCUCUUAUAUGUGAGCUGAUGCCAUGUCUACCGAAGGAAGGAAUAUUUGCAGUUGACACAAUGUUAAAGAAAGGAAAUGCCCAAAACACAGAUGGGGCGAUUUGGCAGUGGAGGGAUGACCGUGGCCUGUGGCACCCAUACAGCCGAAUAGACAGUCGCAUCAUUGAGGCAGCCCAUCAGGUUGGUGAGGAUGAGAUAAGUUUGUCUACACUGGGGCGUGUUUAUACUAUUGAUUUUAAUUCUAUGCAGCAAAUCAACGAGGACACCGGAACUGCACGCGCCAUUCAGAGAAAACCUAACCCUUUAGCCAAUGCGAACACUAGUGGACAUUCUGAGCUCAAAAGAGAAGACGCGAGGGCGCAGCUGAUGAAAGAGGACCCUGAGCUGGCCAAGUCUUUUAUUAAGACCUUGUUUGGAGUGCUUUAUGAAGUGUAUAGCUCCUCUGCGGGGCCCGCGGUCAGACACAAGUGCCUUAGAGCAAUCCUUAGAAUCAUUUAUUUUGCUGAUGCUGAGCUCCUAAAAGAUGUUUUAAAGAACCAUGCCGUCUCCAGUCACAUAGCGUCUAUGUUGUCAAGUCAGGACCUGAAAAUAGUGGUGGGAGCUCUUCAGAUGGCCGAGAUAUUAAUGCAGAAAUUACCGGACAUAUUCAGUGUAUACUUCAGAAGAGAAGGUGUGAUGCACCAAGUGAAAAACUUGGCUGAAUCUGAGACUCUCUUAACAAGCCCACCAAAGGUCUGCACCAACGGCUCUGGUUCUCUAGUGGGUGGCGGGACUAUAAACACUGGAAUUGGCACUGCGGCUGGGAAUGCCGCAGCUGACCUAGGGUCUCCCAGCCUGCAGCACCGAGAUGACUCCUUGGACCUUAGCCCACAAGGGCGGCUUAGUGACGUUUUGAAGCGGAAAAGGCUGCCAAAACGUGGGCCAAGAAGACCGAAGUACUCUCCUCCUCGAGAUGAAGAUAAAGCGGACAAUCAAGCUAAAAGCCCAACAGCCACGCAGUCUCCGAAAUCCUCGUUUUUGGCCAGCUUAAAUCCCAAAACCUGGGGCAGAUUGAGCACACAGUCCAAUAGCAACAACAUAGAGCCAGCACGAACAGCGGGUGUAAGCGGAUUGGCAAGAACCGCAUCAAAGGAUACCAUCUCAAACAACAGGGAGAGAAUUCGCGGAUGGAUAAAGGAGCAGGCACAUAAGUUUGUAGAACGAUAUUUCAGCUCCGAAAACAUGGACGGCAGCAAUCCUGCACUUAAUGUACUACAGAGACUCUGCAAUGCCACAGAGCAGCUCAACCUUCAGGUGGAUGGUGGAGCUGAGUGCCUUGUAGAAAUUCGAAGCAUCGUCUCGGAGUCUGAUGUCUCAUCAUUUGAAAUCCAGCACAGUGGCUUCGUGAAACAACUGCUUUUGUAUCUGACUUCCAAAAGUGAGAAAGACAUUGUAAGCAGAGACAUCCGACUGAAAAGAUUCUUACACGUCUUCUUUGGCUCCCCGAUUCCGGGAGAUGAGCUGCUUGGAAAGGUAGAUCCGACAGGAAACGGCCAUUUGCUGGCCCUGGUCCACAAAAUGAACAACUGCCUCAGUCAGAUGGAGCAGUUCCCAGUAAAAGUACAUGAUUUUCCAAGUGGAAAUGGGACAGGGAGCAGAGGAUCACAGGCUCUGAAGUUUUUCAAUACUCAUCAGCUUAAGUGUCAGCUGCAGAGACAUCCUGACUGCACCAAUGUAAAGCAAUGGAAAGGCGGUCCUGUUAAAAUAGAUCCUCUGGCUCUGGUACAAGCCAUUGAGCGAUAUCUAGUGGUCAGAGGGUAUGGCAGAGUACGAGAAGAUGACGAGGACAGUGAUGAUGAUGGCUCUGAUGAAGAAAUUGACGAAUCCUUGGCUGCUCAGUUCUUGAAUUCGGGGAAUGUACGACACAGGCUACAGUUUUAUAUUGGAGAUCACUUGCUCCCUUACAACAUGACUGUGUACCAGGCUGUUAGACAGUAUAGCAUACAGACUGAGGAGGAGAGGGAGUCUACAGAUGAUGAAAGCAAUCCACUAGGAAGAGCUGGCAUCUGGACCAAGACGCACACUAUCUGGUAUAAACCAGUUAGGGAAGAGGAAGAGAGCACAAAAGACUCAGUAGGUGGCAAGCGUGGUCGUGCCCAAACUGCACCAACCAAAACAUCUCCUAGGAAUUCAAAGAAACAUGAUGAACUGUGGCAUGAUGGAAUCUGCCCCAAAAUUUCAAAUCCUUUAGAAAAUUACCUAAUUUCUUCCCCACCUGAAAAUAUCACUUUCGAUGACCCAUCCCUUGACGUGGUGAUUCUUCUGAGGGUUCUCCAUGCGAUUAGCAGAUACUGGUUUUAUUUGUAUGAUAAUGCAGUCUGCAAAGAGAUAAUCUCCACAGCUGAGUUUAUCAAUAGCAAAUUGACCGCAAAGGCAAACAGGCAGCUGCAAGAUCCUCUGGUCAUUAUGACGGGAAACAUUCCCACCUGGUUAACGGAGCUUGGCAAAAGCUGUCCAUUUUUCUUCCCCUUUGACACUCGGCAAAUGUUGUUUUACGUGACUGCAUUUGACAGAGACCGGGCAAUGCAAAGGCUGCUGGACACAAAUCCAGAGAUCAACCAGUCAGAUUCUCAGGACAGCAGAGUGGCCCCCAGGCUGGACAGGAAAAAACGCACUGUGAAUAGAGAUGAGCUUCUAAAACAGGCAGAAUCUGUUAUGCAGGAUCUGGGAAGCUCUCGAGCCAUGUUGGAGAUUCAGUAUGAGAAUGAGGUUGGUACUGGAUUGGGACCCACUUUGGAGUUUUAUGCACUUGUAUCUCAGGAAUUACAAAGAGCUGACCUCGGACUUUGGAGAGGCGAAGAGAUCACUCUCGUCAAUCCUAAAGGGAGUCAAGAAGGGAUGAAGUACAUUCAUAACUUGCAGGGCCUGUUUGCUCUUCCCUUUGGUCGGACGGCUAAGCCAGCACAUAUCGCAAAGGUCAAAAUGAAGUUUCGGUUUCUUGGCAAACUAAUGGCUAAAGCCAUCAUGGAUUUCAGACUGGUGGACAUUCCUCUUGGCCUCCCAUUCUACAAGUGGAUGUUACGGCAAGAAUUCUCUUUGGCCUCCCAUGAUUUGGUCAAUAUUGACCCAGUUGUGGCAAAGUCUGUGUAUCACCUGGAAGACAUUGUGAGACAGAAAAAGAGACUGGAACAGGAUAAGGCACAGACCAAAGAGUCUCUGCAAUUUGCACUUGAAAGUCUGAAUAUGAGUGGCUGCUCUAUAGACGAUCUGGGCCUGGACUUCACAUUGCCGGGCUUUCCCAAUAUUGAACUGAAGAAGGGGGGGAAAGACCUACCGGUAACCAUUCACAAUCUGGAUGAGUAUGUACGGCUUGUAAUUUAUUGGGCACUGAAUGAAGGCGUCUCCAGGCAAUUUGACUCCUUCCGGGAUGGCUUUGAAUCCGUCUUCCCACUUAAUCACUUACAGUAUUUUUACCCAGAGGAGCUGGAUCAACUCCUGUGUGGCAGUAAGGCGGAUCCUUGGGAUGUAAAGACACUGAUGGAGUGCUGUAGGCCAGACCAUGGUUAUACCCAUGACAGUCGAGCAGUGAAAUUCCUCUUUGAAAUCCUCAGCAGUUUUGACAACGAACAGCAGAGACUAUUCCUCCAGUUUGUCACAGGGAGCCCAAGACUGCCUGUAGGAGGCUUCCGAAGCCUGAAUCCUCCGCUCACCAUCGUCCGCAAGACUUUUGAAUCUACCGAAAACCCGGAUGAUUUCUUGCCCUCCGUUAUGACCUGUGUCAACUACCUUAAACUGCCAGACUAUUCUAGUAUUGAGAUUAUGCGUGAGAAACUGUUAAUUGCUGCCCGCGAAGGACAACAGUCAUUCCACCUUUCUUGAUCCCACGGACCUUACCACGGAGCCCACUUAAGAGGAUAACAGAUCAUGAUUUCUUUUCUAAGUGUAUCACCAGAGUCAAGGCGACAAACUCCGCCUUAUCAUAGAGAGAAAAAACUGAUGCAGUUUAUUACAAACACACACACACGGAAAAAAAAAUACAAAAAAAGAUCUAGAUCCAUUAAAAAGCCCCCUGGACAUCUGAAACCGAUCAGGCUUGAAAGAUUUGUGACCUAAGUUUGUUUAGAAUUUUUUUUGGCUUAAAUUAUCCUUUUAUUUGAGUGAAGUUUUUAAAUUGCUUUGCCGUGUGACUUUAAAAGAGGAGGGAUAUUAAACAAAAUUAGUCUAUUUAAAAAAAAAAAAAAAAAAAAACAGGAAAGGGAUGUUUUUUGAAGCUGGAAAAAAAAAAUAUCGAUGUGCAGUUUAAAAAUCCCAGUCUGUGUGUAUCCAUCAAGUUAAAUAUACAACUCACUACCCUCCACCAACUUGUACCCAUCCAAAAGCAAAACGCAAAGCCUGUUCUUUUGAAAAGCCCAGUUAUGCCGUUAAGUGUAUUUUUCUCACUUGACACAGCCUCUCCGAUUUACAUGUUAUGUGCAAUUUAGUUUCCUGCGUGUGCAGAUUUAUGGAAAGAAGUCUUGUUAGUUUUCCUAAAAGCAGCAACUCUGCCUCUGAACAUAGUGAAAGAGCAGAAAGGGAGGGGAAGGCUUAGUGAUUUACUGGCGCGUUUCAGAAGUGCAUGGUGCUGCUGGACUGGGGCAGCAAACAACUGGUGGUUUGUAACAGCCUUUUUACAGGAUACUUUAAAACUGUUUACACAGUAUAUAAAGAACUGAGUGGUGUUUGUUUGUUUUUUUUGGUUUAUUUUUUUCUUUUGAUUUGUUUCAAAUGUAAACUUUAAAAAAUAAAAAAAAUAAAAAAAAAACUUGGCUGGUCUGUAUUUAUACCAAUACAGCCAUAGCAUUUCAAUUUAAUGUAUAUUUUAAAAAAGAAAUCGUUUAAAAAAUUCAAUGCCCUGUUUCAUUCUUUUCUCUUCAGAUUAUUAUAUUUUUUUUAAUGUUUUUUUUUUUCUGGUUCUAGUUUGGGGGAAGGGGGGGUUGGAAAUGUUUUGACACAAAUGAAAGCAAAUGUUCUCAAUGUCCUGUUCUAUGUGCUGAUUUCUCAGAUCUGCAAUAAUCUACUUAAUCAGGUUCAUGUUUUUACCUGAAUAUAAAUAAAACCGAGAAAAAGUUUGCUUCA